UUUAUUUAAUAAUAAUAAUGAAAAAGUGAAUUAAAUCAAGUUCAAUGGUCUCAGGUCAAUGGCCAUUCAAUGAGAAAAUUUUGUUAAUUGUAUCCCAAAUGUUCAUUUUCACCUUUAUCCAUAUCAUGAAAUCCACACCCAAUCAACAUCUCAGCAUUUGCCCGCCCUUUGCCUGUUUCUCAGUCUCUUUACCAAAGAAAAUAUCAUUUCGUUUAUAAAUAACGUUCAUUUCUUUAAUUGAUAAUCAUUUGCCUUUUGAACAUCACCUUGAUAGUCAAUAGAAUCAGUUGCUAAUCAUGAAGCAAUUGAUUAAUUUAGUUGUUUUUGUGUUUCUCACCCUAUUCACUAUUGUUAAUUGUGAAGUGAAAAAUGUAACAAAUCAAAUUCCUGGAAAAAUUGUUUGUUACUUUGCUGCUUGGGCGAAUUACCGAAAGCCUCCCAUGAAUUAUGAUAUCGACAAUAUUUCGGGUGAUCUAUGUACUCAUGUCAUCUAUUCAUUUGUUGGUAUGAAUGAGAAAACCUUUGAACUUGAAUCAAUCGAUCCCGAAUAUGAUUAUGUCAGGAAGGGAUACGAAAAGUUUGUCGGUCUUCGUGAGAAGUGGCCUCAGUUGAAAGUGAUGAUUGCUGUGGGCGGAUGGGCCGAAGGUGGUGCUAAAUAUUCAAAUAUGGUCGCUGAUGAAGGAAGAAGAAAAACUUUCAUCUCUUCUGUGGUAUCGUUUCUGAGAAAAUAUAAAUUCGAUGGGUUCGAUUUGGAUUGGGAAUAUCCUGGAGCCACUGAUCGCCAAGGAAAAUAUUCUGAUAAAGAAAAUUUCCUUAAAUUAGUAAAAGAAAUGAAAGCUGCAUUUGAUGACGACAAAUAUAUUUUAUCUGCUGCUGUUCCUGUUGCCAAGUUUCGUCUACAAGAAGGUUACGAAGUUUAUGAUUUAGCGAGGUAUCUAGAUCAAAUUCAUGUCAUGACUUAUGAUCUGCGAGGUAAUUGGGCUGGUUUUGCCGAUGUUCAUAGUCCAUUGUAUCCGCGAUCAUUUGAUGAAUAUGCUUACGAGAAACUCAAUGUUAGAGAUGGUCUUCAAUUAUGGGCUUCGAUGGGAACACCUAAGCACAAGUUAAUUGUUGGUGUCCCUUUUUACGGCCGAAGCUACACCCUCGGUAGUAAAGAAAAUAACGGACUAAAAGCCCCGAUUAAGAAGUGGAUCGGAGGUGGAGAAGCGGGUAACUAUACCGGAGAAUCGGGAAUUCUUGCUUAUUAUGAGAUUUGCAAUCAAGUGAAAUCAAAAAAUUGGACAAGAAAAUGGGACGAUGCUGGUAAAGUGCCUUUCGCUUAUUAUCAAGACCAAUGGGUUGGUUAUGAAGACGAAGAGAGUUUAUCAAUUAAAAUGAAGUUCAUUCGUGAUCAAGGUUAUGGUGGAGCUAUGACCUGGUCUUUAGAUCUUGACGAUUUCAAUGGUAUUUGCGGUAAAAAGGACAGUUUACUGAGAGUUCUCAAUGACGAUCUUAAAGGCUACCAGGUCAUCAUGCCUGAUCCCUCAGAAAUGACCACUACUGCCAAGCCUUCACCAACUUGGUGGACUCAACCUUCAUCUGUUGCUUCAACCAGACCAUCAACAACAACAUCACCUUCAGUAUCCUCGUCGACAGAGAUACCUAAUGUUCAAGGAGGAUCAACAUCGAAACCUGCAUCCGAAGAUGAAGUUCCUAAGGAUAUGGAUUGUUCCAAUUCAGCGACUCAAUUCGUUCCUCAUCCAUCUGAUUGUUCAAAAUACUUUUGGUGCGUUCAUGGUAAACCAAUGGAGUUAACUUGCCCUAAGGGAACCUUAUGGAAUCCAAAUGGAAAUCGUUGCGAUUGGGAUUAUAAUGUCAAGACCUUAAAUUGUAACAGCAUUUAAAUAUACGAAUAGACUCAUUCUUUUGAUAAUUAAUAUAUUGUAAUAAUGUAAAUGAGUUGAUAGUCAAAUCUAAAUUAUUUUUGUCAAUAAUAAAUAUUUUAAACUCAA